AUGGUGUCCGACCAGGAGCUCGCCCACUACGUGCAGUCCUUCGUCCGCCAGGCCGCCGCGCUCCCCGGUGGCGCCGCCGCCGCCGGGAUAUCGCCGCAGGCCGUGGUGCGGGGGCUCGAGGCGCAGCUCGGCGUCGACCUCGCCCCCAGGGCGCCGCUCAUCCGCGACAUCCUCCUCGCGCUCCUCUCCCCCGACCCGCGUAGGGACCAUUUCCCCCCCGCUUCCUCUCCCCAUGCCCACCAGCACCACCACUUCGCCGCCGCCACCACCUCCUCCUCCUCCACCAUGCCCGCCGCCUCCGCGCCCUCCCCCACCGCCGUGCCCCACUACUUCUCGCAGCAUCAGCAGCAGCCCACGCCGCAGCAGCUGCAGUCCUACUACGCCGCCUCGCAGCAGUACCAACUGCAGCAGCUCCAACAGCAGCAGCAGCACCAACAGCAGCAGCAGCACCGCGCCAGCCCGCCCACCUCGUCGCCCUACGACGCCCCAGCCUCGUUCCGCUACGCGCAGCCCGGCGGGGCGCAGCUGCAGAGGCUCGUCCAGAUGCAGCAGUACCAGCAGCAGCAGCAACAACAACAACAGUACCACCACCACCAGCAGCAGCAGAUGGCCGCCGCGGCUUCUGCUGCCACGGCACCCAAUGCGGCCACGCCGGGACAGAGUCCGCGCGCGCCGGUGGCCGAGAGUCCGCGCGCGGCCGCGUCCGCAAAGCCCAAGAAGGAAAGGUGA